AUGGAUUCUCCAUCAAGUGUUUCUUCCUGUUCUCCCUUCUCCCGCUCUUCCUCUUUUUCCACCUCACCAGUGAACAGUAACUUUGGCUUCCUUUCUGAUAGUGAGGGGGAGGAGAAGGGGGCUCCCAGACACAGGCCAGAUACAGUUGGGCAGACUGGAGGUUCAAGGCCUAGCCCAGGUCCUAUCCGAUGCAGGCAUCGACCCAGGGUUUCCAAUAACCAACAUACAGCAUCUCACCCAGAACAGCAACGAGGCUUGGCCUCUCCUAUGGCAGGAUCUGGGGUCAGUAGGUCAAGAAAUGGUGAAUUGGAAACCAGUCUACGAUUCCAAGGUUGUACUACAGAGGGAGACUUGCUCUUUGCUCAGAAGUGUAAAGAGCUCCAAGGAUUCAUUCGUCCACUCACAGACUUACUGAAUGGGCUGAAGACCGGUCGGUUUGAAAGAGGAUUGAGCAGUUUCCAGCAGAGUGUAGCAAUGGACAGGAUCCAACGUAUUGUAGGUGUUUUGCAGAAGCCACAUAUGGGAGAGCGUUAUCUAGGAACUCUACUGCAGGUCGAAGGGAUGUUAAAGACUUGGUUUCCUCAUAUAGCUGUCCAGAGGUCAUCUUUGAGUGAAAGCAGGCACCACCUACCUAAGCAUUUACCAAGACAUCCCACUAAUCUGGGUGUUUCCUCUUUGGCACCUCCCAUGGAAAAGAUGAAACAGACACAGUUUGGACAUAUACUUUUGAAACAGAAGCAGCCUUGGCACCUUACAGAGUGGCCAGCCAUGGACCUCACCUGGAUCCAUACAACUCCAAUUUGCAACCCCCCUCUUAGUUCCCCAGGCACCAUCUCUCUAAGCCAUGGUCCUUUAGGCACUGGAACCAGUAUUGGUGUCAUCUUUUUACUCCAGCAUGGAGUGCAGCCCUUCACACAUUCUGCUCCAUCCACUCCAGUUCCAACUCCUACAGCAUCUCCAGUCAUCAGUGAUCCUGAAAAACUAUCUGGAGAAGGACCUUGUUGCAACAGUUUGCCAAUGAUUCUGCCUUCAAACUGCACCGUCUCUCCUGGUCUACCUAAGGGACAGUGGUUGACCCUGGGACACCUAGAGCAGAUGAGAAACCAUCUUCCAGUUGCCCCUGUUGUUCAGCUUCUUCACUCCUAUGUGAUUCCCAACUUGUGUAGAUACAUGUGUAUAUAA